GGGGGAGUGUUGAUAAUGGGAAAGCCAUGCAUAUGUGGGGGCAGGUGGUUAUAUGGGAAAUCUCUCUACCUCUUAAUUUUGUCUCGAACGUAAAACUUAUCUAAAAAGUAGUUUAUUGAAAAAUAUAUAAUUAACAGAGACUUGGACAUCAGUUACCUUCAGUUUAACAAUUUUAUUAGAAAAUAGUAAGAUUUAAUCGGAAUAUUAGGUUUGAAAUGAUGACUUUCCCUCAUUGUGGCUUCACGUUUUGCCCCGCACUGUCUAAGAAGGGCUGUUUAGAGGCACCUAGAGUCAGUCCAGUCCCUACGUGUAGGCCUCGCCCAGCAGGCUUUGUUUGUGUCUGCGGGAGGAGGCGGGGCGUAGAGGGUGAUGUGGGCCGGCACUCUGAGUGAGCUCAGUCUGUUUGUCUUGCUGCUGGAGGUGGAGGGCUUCAGGGCAGAUGCGGCUCUAAGGCAGAUGCCGUUCCCAGGUCACUUCCAACUCCUGCCACUGUUUGCUUCCCGCAGAGCGUCCUGUCGUGUGCAACCAAGGAGCCAAGGCCAGACACGCCAAUACAGACAGACGGAGGACGCUCUGGCCGCUGGGCCCUGCUGCCUCCCCCUUCUCCCUGUUGCUUGCCCCUGGAGGAUGAGCCCAGCCUUCAGGGCCAUGGACGUGGAGCCCCGCGCCAAGGGCGUCCUGCUGGAGCCCUUUAUCCACCAGGUCGGGGGGCACUCUUGUGUGCUCCGCUUCAACGAGACGACUCUGUGCAAGCCCCUGGUCCCGAGGGAGCACCAGUUCUACGAGACUCUCCCAGCUGAGAUGCGCAGAUUCACUCCCCAGUACAAAGGUGAGCCCCCGCUGCUGGUAGGGGUCGCCAGCGCCUGGCGAGGAGAUGUGAGGCAAGGAGAUGUGAGGCGUGGUGACCUCCGUGGCAGCCAUACCCAGAGCCUUCACCCCUCCCACUCACCCUGUGUUUUCCCUCCGCCUCCUCCUCCUCUUGGCCCUCAGCCCAGCACCUCACACCCUCAGUUUUCAAGCCCUGGUGUGGUAUCUGUGUGCUUUGAUGAAGAUGAAGACAGGAACUUGUGCUUAAUAGCAUAUCCCUUAAAAGGGGACCAUGGAGCCGUGGACAGUGUAGACAAUUCAGACUGUGAACCAAAAAGUAAGCUCCUAAGAUGGACAAACAAAAAACAUCAUGUCCUUGAAACAGAGAAGACCCCCAAGGACUGGGUGCGGCAGCACUGGAAGGAGGAGAAAAUGAAGAGCCAUAAGUUAGAAGAAGAAUUUGAGUGGCUCAAGAAAUCUGAAGUCUUGUACUACAGUGUAGAGAAAAAGGGGAAUGUAAGUUCCCAGCUUAAAUACUAUAACCCUUGGAGCAUGAAGUGUCACCAGCAACAGUUACAGAGAAUGAAGGAGAAUGCAAAGCAUCGGAACCAGUACAAAUUUAUCUUACUGGAGAACCUCACUUCCCGAUAUGAGGUACCUUGUGUCCUGGACCUCAAGAUGGGGACACGCCAGCAUGGUGACGAUGCUUCAGAGGAGAAGGCAGCCAACCAGAUCCGAAAAUGCCAGCAAAGCACCUCUGCGGUCAUUGGUGUGCGCCUGUGCGGCAUGCAGGUGUACCAAGCGGGCAGUGGGCAGCUCAUGUUCAUGAACAAGUACCACGGCCGGAAGCUGUCGGUGCAGGGCUUUAAGGAGGCGCUUUUCCAGUUCUUCCACAACGGGCGGUACCUGCGCCGCGAGCUCCUUGGCCCUGUGCUCAAGAAGCUGGCGGAGCUCAAGGCCGUGCUGGAGCGACAGGAGUCUUACCGCUUCUACUCCAGCUCCCUGCUCAUCAUCUACGAUGGCAAGGAGCGGCCGGAGGUGGCCCUGGACUCGGACGCGGAGGACUUGGAGGACCUGUCCGAGGAGUCCGCCGACGAGUCGGCGGGGGCCUACGCCUUCAAGCCCCUCAGCACCAGCUCCGUGGACGUGCGCAUGAUUGACUUUGCCCACACCACCUGCCGGCUGUACGGCGAGGACAGCGUCGUGCACGAGGGCCAGGAUGCUGGCUACAUCUUCGGGCUCCAGAGCCUGAUAGACAUUGUCACAGAGAUCACUGAGGAGAGUGGGGAGUGAGCUGGCCGACUGUACUGUUCCUUGACCCUCCGUGCCCCGGGCACAGCUGUGCUGCGUCCAGGAGGAAGCCAGUGUGGGCAUGGCGGCCUCUGCAGCCUGGAGCUGACCACAGAGGCCUCGAGUCCCGCCUGAGCCGGCCCCACCGCCCUCCGAGUCUAUUUAUUUCACUGUUUCUUCAACAUUCCAUGUUUGAUGAGCAGAUACCUCUCUUCCCUGAGUGUAACUGUCCUAAUACAGACCCUUUUGUUCAUUGUACACAGUGCUGCUGUCAUUUUUUUUAUUGAAUUUGUUGGGGUGACAUUGGUUAAUAAAAUUAUAUAGAUUUCAGAUA